UUCCUCACUCUUCAGUUUCCACGACGAAGACAAGGUGUUGAAUCUCGAUUAUGAAUCAAUAACGAGCAAAUUAUACGAAUUCGUCGAUAUAGCAAUUUUUUGCGAGAUUUUCCUCCGAUCCAAUUCAACAUGAUGAAAUCUGGAUUCGCUAAAGUGCUUAAAAACAUGGGCGAUAAUCGAUCCACUCGUCGAUCGAGCAGCGAGUCAGGUCGCGAGUCGGGUCGCGAGUCUGAUCGGAGCAGCGAGUCAGGUCGCGAGCCGGAUCGGAGCAGCGAGUCGGAUCGGAGUCCGCUCAAAGUUCCGUUCAUAAUCGGCGUCGCCGGUGGAACUGCGUCGGGCAAAACGACUGUAUGCGAUGUGAUUAUCGCGCAUCUCCGUGAUCAGCGUGUUGUUCUCGUGAAUCAAGAUGCGUUUUAUCGAUCCUUGAAUAAUGAGCAGCUGAAGACAGUGGGAGAAUAUAACUUCGAUCAUCCAGAUGCGUUUGAUACAGAGGUUCUGCUUUCGUGUAUGGAAAAGUUGAAACGUGGAAGUGUAGCAACCAUUCCAAAUUAUGAUUUUAAGACUCACAAAAGCGUUGAACCAGGCCGUCAGGUGAACCCUGCCGAUGUUAUUAUCUUGGAAGGGAUUCUUGUUCUUCAUGAUUCUCGUGUACGUGAUCUUAUGAACAUGAAGAUCUUUGUUGAUACAGAUUCCGAUGUUCGUCUGGGAAGGAGGCUACGUCGUGACACUGUCGAGAGGGGAAGAAACGUGGAGAAUGUCCUCGACCAAUAUGCUAAGUUUGUAAAGCCAAGCUUUGAUGAGUUCAUACUCCCAUCGAUGAAAUACGCGGACGUUAUAAUUCCUCGAGGGGCAGACAAUGAAGUUGCAAUCGACUUGAUAGUGCAACACAUUCGUACAAAGCUUGGCCAACAUGAUCUCUGCAAAUUCUAUUCCAAUGUUUUUGUUAUAUACUCGACUUUCCAGAUACGAGGGAUGCACACGCUUGUGAGGGAUGCAAAAACUACCAAGCAUGAUUUCGUCUUCUAUGCAGAUCGCCUCAUUCGUUUAGUUGUGGAACAUGGGCUCGGGCACCUUCCAUUCAGUGAAAAACAGAUCACUACUCCUACAGGAUCAGUGUACACUGGGGUCGUCUUCUGCGAAAGAUUGUGUGGCGUCUCAAUUAUCAGAAGUGGGGAGAGCAUGGAGAACGCGUUGCGGGCGUGUUGUAAAGGCAUCAAAAUCGGCAAAAUCCUAAUCCAUGGAGAUGGCAACGCCGGUACAAAGGAGCUGAUAUAUGAAAAGCUACCAAAAGACAUCUCGACUCGGCAUGUCCUAUUGCUGGACCCUGUUCUGGCCUCAGGGAAUUCAGCAGUGAAAGCAAUAUCUGUGUUGGUGAGCAAGGGUGUUCCAGAGUCCAACAUAAUAUUCCUUAAUUUAAUUGCAUCUCCAGAAGGAAUACAUGCAAUGUGCAAGAAAUAUCCAAAGGUGAAGAUAGUGACGUCAGAGAUAGAUAGAGGGCUGAAUAAAGAGCUGCGAGUGAUACCAGGCAUGGGAGAGUUCGGUGAUCGUUAUUUUGGAACCGCCAAUAAACGCCCUUCUACAUGACAUAUCUAUAAAUCCAUCCUAUUUUCAUUUUUCACAUAGGACUACAUUUUUUUAUUCUAUUUAAAUACGAUAUUUAUUUUUCUAUGGCCAAAUAAAUUACAUCACUUCUUAUUU